UCUUGCAUCAUAUACCCUGUUAGAUAGAACUCUCUGUAUAACUGUAUAUGUUACACUGAGCUACAAGCAGGACCAAGGACCAUUCAUCAGCAAUUGGACAGCUCCUCCUACAUUCCAGCUCCCACCCUCAGCCCAUACAAUCUUGCCUCCUAUUCCUGCUCUGUCUGCUGCCUUCCCUUUACAUCCCUGCUUCCCACUGUCCAGAUUCCUGUGGAUGGCUGCAACACAUCUACACAAAUGGGAGCUGACUUCUCUGUUCUUUUUGCUGGUUAAUUUAAAGCAGAAACAAUCUCCGUGACUGCCAUCGUCCGUCCCUGCAUCUCCAUUUGCUAUUCUUUGAAUGGUUCGUGGAGGUCAGGACCAGUGGUCUCUGACUAAUAUCCCCCCCUUGCUGGUUGUCAUUACAUUGCUACCUCUGGGAAGAUGUUGGGGAAGGAUUACAUGCUAGCAAUUAUUAUCGUUAAUUAUGACGACAACCUUUGGAGUGACCAGACAUUGGAAGCUGAUACCGAUCUUCCUCCAGGAUGGAGAACUAUCCGUGACACAUCUGGGACCUACUACUGGCAUGUACCAACGGGAACCACUCAAUGGCAGCAUCCGUCAUAUAACUCCACUUCAACUCACAGCUUGAGCACUAUUCACGAAAAGAGAGCCACCCAAGCCUCAUCCAGUAAUGUUUCUCCAGCUCGACCAAUUCCUGGAACAACAGCAAUUGCAGACAGAAGGCAUUCCAUUCCUUGGCAUGAUGAGGACUUAUUCUACAAUAUUGAUGAGCCAGGCUGUAAGAGUUUUGCUGUUCAUUGUCUUGGGUGGGUUGAAAUUCCAGAAGAAGACCUUGCUCCAGGGAAAAGCAGUAUUACGGUUAAUAACUGCAUCCAGCAACUUGCUCAUACUACAUGUGAUGGGCCAGAUAUAAUAGGCUCAGGAAAUGAAGGACAGAACAUGGUGAUGAUUUUAAAGAAAGAUACUAUGAGCUUAGUGGACCCACUUGAUCACAGUUUGAUACACUCUCAACCCAUCAUCAACAUUCGAGUGUGGGGUGUUGGCUGCAAUAAUGGCAGAGAUUUUGCUUUCGUAGCUAAUGACAAAGAUACCUGCAUGCUGAAGUGCCAUGUUUUUCGUUGUGAUGUCCCAGCAAAAGCUAUUGCUAGUGCUUUACAUGACAUGUGCUCCAAGAUUAUGGCCGAAAAAGCAGUGGCCAAUAAUACCAUCACUCGAUCUGUUACCCUGGAGACAAUCUCACCAGAGGAUCUACCAAUCCAAGUUGGAAUUCUUGACACUGUUCGGCAAUCCAUCCAGAAAUAUGAUAUCCUAUACCUUGGCAGCCUGCCUGUGUCAAAACCAAUGGGUAUGGAUGUGUUGAAUGACACAAUUGAAAAUAUAACCAGGACUACACUUAGAGAACAGUGGAAACCAUCUGUCAUUGAAGUUACUGAUACUGUCCUCACUGUGCGUCUCAAAGAGGGUUGUGAAGAAAAUCUCGUCUGGCAAUGCGAGGUUCGCUUCGUGACAUUCAUUGGGAUCGGGAAAGACCCGCAUACUUUUGCCUUGAUUGUGGACGUGGGGAAACAGUGUUUUCAAUGCACGGUGUUCUGGUGUAAACCAGAUGCUGGGAAUGUCUCUGAAGCUGUCCAGGCCGCCUGUAUGGUUCAGUAUCAGAAAUGUGUGGUGGCCUCGUCCUCAAGAAUUAAACCAAAAACAUCCCACGGGAAAUCACUCUUGAAAAUGAAGAGGACAGCUAGUGUGGACUCUCCAAUUUCCACAUUCAGCUCCAGUGGUCACAGUCUUCAGAAGAAUAUGGGAACAAGUAAAAGAAGAGGAGUAAUGGCUUUCUUUGAAUCAUUUAAACAGAAGCAUGCCAUGCACACCCCUUAAAGAGCCCUUAAAGACAGAUUUAAAAAAUGGGUCCUGUUUUAGUUGACUACUAUGUUUUGUAGAUAUUUUAGUUAUGUUUUCAGUACUUUCAGGUCCAAGCCAGUUAGUUUGUUAUAUAUUUAACCAUGAGAUAAACAGAGGUUAAAACUGUUAGCUUUUCCACAAAGCCACAAAAGGUCAAUACAGGCAUGUGCUAUAGUGGGCGAAUUGGGGGGUCUCAGUGUAAGUCUGAAGCCAAGGCAUGAGCAAUUUGGCUAAAUAUUAAGUUUAUCAUAUUCCACAGGUUGUGUGGUUCAUUAUCCAAAGCACUUUUUCUUGGAGAUGCAAGACUGAUAUUAGUAUUGAUUAGGGUGUCAGUCAUGCCAAUAAAAUUGCAUGGGCCUCCUAGGAUAUUUUGAUACCAUAAUGAUUCAAUCAGAUUACUGGACAGGGCAUAGCAGUCAUAAUCCUGUACUUAUGGAAGUUUCCUGUGGAUCUAUUUUCCUGUCAGACGGUCUAAGCACGACUGGAAUAGAAAUAUGGAUAAAACCCAAACAGGGUCCUACUUCUGAGCCCUUCAGGAUUAUUCAAAGUGAAAUUCAAAGUGAAAGUCAAACACAAUUAUUUUUUCAAUUUGACAAUUUUUGAAUAUGAAGUCAUAUAAAAGGAGCCUUAUAAAAUGGUGCUUUAUAUCUGUUGUGCCUCUGGGUACCAGUGUACCAGGUAGGAGUCCUAACAGUGACAUGACACAUUACAUACUUUCUAAACUCAUUAUAUUUGUUGGAAGCAUGAUCCAGGGAAUUCUACCCCCGCCUUGACCUAUGGUUAAUAUUGAUAAUGGCCAUGAAAGAUAUAGAAAUUCCUUAUCAGACAUAUUAUGGAUUUCUGAAUUUAUAUAUACAAUAUUGUGCUGUUUUGGGGUAUUCCUGUGUAAAGAGUAGGUAGAAGGUAAACUCUUGUUACAGAUUUUAUUUAGUGAAAUAGAAGAUGCAAAAAACCCUCUGCACAUAUUUAAACUGCAGAGUCACACUGUAAAAUAUUGUUGAAUUGUACAUACCCUAGCACCACUAGUUUCUAAGUGGAUUUGUUAUUAUUAAAGUCAAUUAUAUUGGAUCUAGCUGUGUCCUGUAUUGAUUGCAAUGAGCAAAUAAAUAUGCAUUCCUUCUGUUUAACAGCAA